CUCUGGUCGGUGUCUCGAGUACGUCCAUCUCAAAUAUCCUCCUAUAAUGGCGAAUAUCAUUCGUUCUGCCAAGUCUAGCAACGAUUGGACGUCGAACGACUUGGUAGCAUAUAACAUCGCAGUCCACCGCCAAUCCGCGGACGCCUUCUUCGGCUACACACCCAACACAAUACCUGACGGAAUCGAUCCUGCUUUCCUGACCGCUACUGUCCCUCCCCACGAAAAUCUGUCGGAUCACACCUAUCGACUCCUUCAAUACCUACAUAUUGCCACUCAUGCCAGCUCUAACCAGGAAUCAGCAAUCAACGAUUUUGCCAAAGAGCUGCUUCACUUGCUUGGUUUUGAAGAACGAGGAACUGUUUUGCGAUCGCGCUAUUCCAUUCCUUUUAUGAUAUGCGGUGACAAUGGGCAUGUAGCACAGACUAACCUAUGCUUAGUUCAAGGCAACACGACAAUUCUCCUUGUUAUUCAAUGAAGCCAUUGCUGCUUUCCAAUACAACAACGUAGCUCGUGAUCGCAACGGCCUAGAUCCGCUUGAUUCCAUGACAAUCCCUGCCAUUAUUAUGAUCGGCACUCGUCCCGUUUUCUACAAAAUACCGGUCACUCAGCAGCUGAGCGAUGCCAUUGCUAUGGCUCAGUACCCUGUCUCGAAAACAGAUGUUUUCAAGUGUGUAGUUGCGCCACACUCCCGUCGUCUGAGCGAA